CGAGGUUGAGGCACUGCUUCAUAAAUAUUGUAAGUAAAUAAAUUUCCCAAAACAUUUUGCUUUUUUUUUUUGAGCUCAAAAAUUUGAGAAAACGUUGACUUCGUUACCGAAUCUCAAACUUUUACGAUAUUUUAAAGCUCACAUUUAUUUAUUUUUUUUUUUUGUUGUUGAAAUUAUAGUUGAAACUAUAUUUACCGCAAAAAGCGAAGAAUUUAUAUAUUUUGAAACUAUUCAACUGCGAAAACACGUGAAUAUUUUUUAAUCGAUUUAAAUACCUUUUUUUUUUACCGCGAAAUACGCGAGGAUAUUCUAACCAAAUUAUAUUUUAUUUAACUCGCGAAUAUUAUUUUGAACUCAUCAAUAAACAAAUUGAUGCUACAAACCGUUCCAUAUUUUGAGCAAAGACCAAUAAAUAAGUACAUCAAUUAAAGCAUCAUAUAACGGUGCAAACGCAGCGUAAAUAAGUGUCCUGUGUUCCUGCUGCAAGACCUGACACCUCAUACCUAAACCUGGUUAAGCUGCUCAGAUAGAUAGUUCACAGUAAGGGGUACACGAUUGUACAUUUACCGCUCGGACUUUGAUUGUGAAAUUAAAUCAGUCACACAUAGAUUGGAAAUCGCUCUGGGUUAUCAAUAUUGUCUUCAACAAUAUUAUGAAGGCGCGAAUUUUAGUUUCAUUAUUAGAAAUUAUGAUUGGAAGAGUUUUUUUCUGUGCAGUUCUUGGAGUUCUGUCGCAAGAAGUUCAUGUAUCUGAAGCACAACAAAAUAAUGCCAAUGCGAAACAUGUUACGCAAACAAAACUUUUUGGCGAUGACAUUAAAUCAUGGCUUACUCCUGAUGAUGGAGUUUUAGCAACGGAAAAUACUCCUGUUUAUGGUGUAGUAGAAAAGUCAAAAAUUUCUAAGAAAGAUGCUGGAUAUGAAAUAAUUGAGUAUAAAGACGCCAUGAAAGAUGCUCUUGCAUACUUGCGUGAAAACAAAUCUUAUGCAAUUAUUACGCCGAGUAAUAUACCUCCCAAUGCUAGUCUUGCAAAGAACACUGUAGUUGGAAAUCAAAAUCCUGUCCGACUCAAAACUAUGAACGACAAAAACAGGAAAUCAACUUCGAUAUUUCCAAUGAACCAGAUGACAUCAUACUCUUCUCUACCAUAUCCCACUAUAGUAUAUCCUGAGAUUCUUGUAAUUGUUGACAAUGCGCUAUUCAAAAAAUUGGGCAGUAAUGUACGUGAUGUUGUAAUACAUAUUUUAGCAUUUUGGAAUGGCGUAGACUUAUUGUUUCGAAAUCUAGAAAGCCCAAAAUUUAGAUUUAAUAUUGAAGCAAUUGUUAUAGUUGAGGCCCCAAAUGUUUUUACAAACGUGGAAUACGCACCAAAUAAAACAGAUGCUUAUCAACUAAAGCGGACAAUUGACAGUUGGUUGUACAGUUACCAAAGGGAAUUUCCGAUUGAUAGUUACGAUAUUGCUGCUUUUAUGACAUCCAAUGACUUGUUCCGAAAGAGUGGAAAACGACUUGGAGGUAUAUCAUAUAACACAGGGGCAUGUAAAACCUUUCACGAAUCAAAACGCGUAGUCAAGUCAGCAUAUGUUCAUGAAGCCGGUGAUUUUUUUGGCAUUCGUCUUAUGGCUCAUGAAUUAGGACAUUUGCUUGGUAUUUCUCAUGAUGGCUACGAUGCCAAGAGAUGUCCAGUAAAAGAUGGUACUAUUAUGACAUCUAACGGCUUCGACUUAGGACCUAAGUUCUAUGAAUGGUCACAGUGCAGUUUAGAUAAGUUAACUCAAUCAUUUGUUAAGAAUAAUCUUAACUGUUUAUACAACGAAAUCUAUGAGCACAGUGCCGCAGUUCCGAGAAUAUUACCUGGAAAAUUGAUGGAUUUAGAUAAACAGUGUCAUUUCCAAAGAGCAAACUCAACUCCUGUCAUUAAAGAGGAUAAUUGCAAACAUUUCAGAUGUCGGACAAAUCUAAAACCUCCCUUUUAUAAAUUGUUUAGUUUGUCGAUAGGGCUUCUCGACGGGACUUCCUGUGGCCAAGGUAAAAUGUGUCUCCUUGGAAGUUGUGUGCAAGAAAAUCUUAUAAAUGACCCCAGUAUAUACGGGAAAAAAGUAUAGGGAAUUGUUUAAGUAUACUUAAAGUUUGAGUUAAAAUUACUAAAUGUAUAUUGUUAACUUAAGCGAUAUUCAAAUUGUCUAAUUUUUAUAAUCUCGAGAAUUUAAUUGUUAUUUAAAUUUGUGAAAUUUAAUUAUUUGAAUAUGGAAAGAAAUAUAA